AUGCGGCUCUUUGCAGCUCUGCUGGUCCUCCUUGUCCUUACUGUGGCACUGGCGGGUAAAGGAGGCCGCAGCAAAGGAAGAAACAGGAUAAGGGGAAGGGGCCGGGGGAGCAGAGCUGGGGCUGUCAAGCGCUUUGCAGCUGAGUGCAAGGAGUAUGUGGAGGAUGGUAAGAAGGUCUUGGACUGCCAAGAGCGGCAGUUGACCACCAUCCCUCUUGGUUGGCCUGAUGACAUUGAGCACCUCCUGCUGGCCCGCAACAAGAUCCGUAUUCUUCGCAACGAUGCCUUUGCUCAGUUUCGUUAUCUUAAGAGUCUAGAUCUGCAGCAGAAUGAGAUCUCACACAUUGAGGAAGGAGCCUUCAAUGGCCUGAGUCAACUCUCAAUCCUGCUGCUGCAACACAACCGCCUACAGCUCCUCACUGAGGAGGUGCUCUUGCCUAUGCCCCGUCUACACCACUUGCGUCUUCAUGACAACCCCUGGCGCUGUGACUGCCAGCUAGACAGUCUGGUGCGCACCUUGCAGUUGCCCAGCAACCGCAACAUGGGCAACUUUGCAAAGUGUGCUGAACCAUCUGCUCUUUGGGGGCAAAAGUUGAAAAAAGUUGAUCUAGAGCUGAUGUGUCCAGAUCUGCAGGGAUCCAGUGGAGCCAGGCCACAGCUUCCCCAACAGCAGGGAGGCAGCAGCCGACCGAGGCCCCCAGCCAUACAGAGACACCCAGAUGCUACCUCCCUGUGUCACACUUACAUGAGCCCCAAACCACUGUUGGACUGCAAGAACAGAGAACUAAAGAUUGUACCUCCUGAUAUCCCAGGAUACAUUGUGAAGAUGGAUCUGUCAAGUAACAACAUCACACAGCUGAGGCCUAAGGAGUUCCUUGCAGCCAAGGAACUAAAGCUCUUAAACCUCAGCAGCAACAAUCUACAGCAGAUCGACAUGGCUGCCUUUGCAGGUCUCCUCUAUCUGCGAGAGCUGGACCUCUCCAACAACAGUCUGCAUUACUUUCAGUACGGCGUGCUGGAGGACUUGUACUUCCUCAGGAAGCUCUCACUGGGCAACAACCUUUGGAUGUGUGAUUACAACAUUCACUACCUGAUCUACUGGCUGAAACACCACCCCAGUGUGGAGUACAGCGGCCUGGUGUGCAGUGAUCCACCAGAGUUUCGUGGUUGGCCAGUGGAGAACUACGUCAAGACCUACAACGCUGAGUGCCCCAAGGACAAACAGGUAGCCCCGCAGACAGAUAAUGACCAGGGAGGAACCACUGUCCAGGAACUGACUGCUGAUUUGGAGGAAGAAGCGUUGCCUAGUCCAAUACGAGUCCAUGACAAAUUUGAGAUCAUACGUCUGAGUUAA